CUUCCUGCAGAGUGCAUUUCGGUUCAACCUCACAAACAUGGCUGCUUUGAGUAAAAUAGCACACAGCUGCUACGAGGUCGGUCAUACUUGGCACCCGUCGUGUGUUCAGGCUGCCGCAGACAUAACCAAGGGGGCUCUGGAGGUGUCCUUCAAAAUAUACGCCCCUCUUUACCUGAUAGCAGCAGUUCUACGGAGAAAGAAGAAGGAUUAUUAUUUAAAGAGGCUUCUCCCUGAGAUCCUGUGGUCUACUUCUUUCCUAACUACAAAUGGAAGUCUCUUCAUUGUUUUCUUCUGCAUUCUCAGGAAAUUGCUUGGAGGGUUUUAUCCAUGGUCGUCUGGAUUUGGUGCAGCUUUGCCAGCCUCCUACAUUGCCAUCCUCCUGGAGCGUAAGAGCAGGAGAGGUCUGCUGACAAUAUACAUGGCAAAUCUUGCUAGUGAAACUUUGUUCCGCAUGGCAGUGACUCGAGGUGUUGUCAAACCCGUUAGACACGGAGAGGUGCUCUUGUUCUCCAUAACUGCCUCAGCCUUCAUGUUUCUCUUCAGGAGUAAAGACGGCCUCAAAGGCUUUGCAUUUUCUGCAUUAAAAUUCAUCAUUGGGAAAGAAGAGAUUCCAACUCAUUCUAACAUGGCAGACCCUGUUAGCACAAGGCCCCCCGAGAGGACAGCUGCCAUUGAGGCCGAUCCCUCACAGGCAUCGGCAGAAAAGCCCGACCGCAGGAGGAAAACUCUGAUAGCCUACACCAUGAAGCUGCUGGACUCGAUAUGCAAACAUGGUCCAAGACACAGAUGUUGUAAACAUUACCAAGACAACUGCAUUUCCUACUGUGUCAAAGGUUUUGUCAGGAUGUUCAGUAUUGGCUAUCUUAUCCAGUGUUGUCUCAAAGUGCCCUCAGCAUUCAGGCAGAUGUUCUCCAAACCAUCUCGGCUUCCUUCUGUCUUCUACAACAAAGAGAACUUCCAGCUGGGGGCCUUUCUGGGCUCUUUUGUCAGCAUUUAUAAGGGAACAAGCUGCUUGUUACGCUGGCUGCGUAAUAUUGAUGACGAACUCCAUGCCCUGAUAGCUGGCUUCCUGGCCGGUGUCUCCAUGUUCUUCUACAAAAGCACAACUAUAUCCAUGUAUCUCUUCUCAAAGCUGGUGGAGACCAUGUACUUCAAAGGCAUUGAAGCAGGCCGGUUCCCUUACUUUCCCCAUGCAGAUACGGUUAUUUAUGCCAUCUCUACUGCUAUCUGUUUCCAUGCUGCAGUAAUGGAAGUGCAGAACCUCAGACCUUCAUACUGGAAGUUCUUGCUGCGUUUAACAAAGGGCAGAUUUGCUCUGAUGAAUCGAGAGCUACUCGAUGUGUUUGGGACAGAGGCGUCCAGGAAUUUUAAAGGCUUUGUGCCCAAACUGGACCCUCGCUACACUACGGUACUCAGCCGGACUGUGCUUCCACCUGGAGGGGGCGCUAAGCUUGGGUGACUUGAGGCAAAACUCUAGCAACCCCCACCCCCUUUGCAGAGUUUACCUCAGGAGAAAACUGACAGACAGUCAUUUCUUCUGCUUAGAAGAAGAAAUGGUGAGAUUGUGGUAAAAGCAGGAAGACAAUUUUGCAUGAUGCAAAAGCCGAAGUUGGACGUCACGGCUGUCACUUGUGAAGCAGCACAAGUAAGCUUACGGACUUUAACUGAACACUUAUAGGUAGCUGGGUAAAAUGAAUAGAAAGAUGCAUAUUUCUUUCAAAGCAUAUAAUUUAGUUAAACAAAUUCUAGUGUAAUUAAAUCUCAAUGGAAGCCCCUUUUUUUCUGAGUAUCAGUCCAGGCUGAGACUUGACACACUUUAAACCUACCGGCGGUCGGUCUCAAGUUUCAGGUAACAAAUUCCUAUAAAUUCGUAGAUUUUCCAAAUCCGGUUCUAUCCUGCUUUGGUGCUGAGAAUGACUUUGACAUGCAGCCACCUCGAAAGAUAAAUCCUUUCUCACCUAAUAAAACAAAUCUAGUUAAAAGUCUGCAAACACAACCGGACUAAUCUCUGCAUCACAUUGUAAUAUAACAAGAUUAUGAACAAUGACUUCUAAACACUACAGACAUACUCUGAACACAUUUUUAAGAUUUCAGGAAAUCUAGCAUGAUCUGUAAUUUCCUUUGUUCUCUAGUGAGUGGAAUUCAUGGUUAAAAUGAAGGUAAAAUCAUUUCUGCACGUUUAACAAGGACAUUACUGUAGCAAAAAUGUUGUUUGACAAAAAAGAAGAAUUUCUGCCAAAAACUCAAACUAGAGUCAUGCAAGUCAUCUCAAUUUCACCAUUGCUUCCAAUGUUCCUCAUUUGGGAGGAUUUAGGAGUUUGUCAGUUUAAGUUGACUCAACAUUUUUUAUAGGUAAUUGCAUAAAAUCCAUUUGCAUUCCUUUUAUUAUUCAUGAUAUUAUUCAUGAUAUCUUGCAGUUUUUAAGUUUAAUUUCUGUUGGUUGUGACUGAUUGCGAUGUUUCAUUGGUUUUGUUCACAUAAGAGAUGGAAAGCAUAAGCUGUGAAUAAAAUACAGACAAAGUUAUUGCUUUGUUAGGUACUGGGUGUGUGUGUGCAAAUGUUGAGCUGAAAGUCAGAUUUAUUUUUUCCUUUAUCAUUAAGGUGAAUCUAUCUGGGAUCAACAUGCACAUAACCUGCUCUACAUUAUGAGUCCUGGUUGUUUCUAAAAAGGCUCCUUGCAGUCAUUAACUCUUCCUCCAUUUGCCAGACAAGAGAUUCUAGAAACUGUUUAUAUGUUGACAAACAGAGGUAAUAUAUGUUGAGGCCUCAUAAUAAACUACUUUUAAAAACUAUUGGUAGGUGUUUUAUGUGAGAUUAUUAGUUAGCCAUGAUGACAGUCAGAUGGUUACUGUUUUUAAACCAAAUGGCAUUCAAUUCAAAAGUACUUUAUUAAUUAAAUGUUGUUGUAGUUCAUAUUAUAAAGGUUUAUUUAAAGAGCCGUAACAAUAACAAUAAGGGGAAUUUCACUGAUAAAAUAUUCAGUGACAUAUUUUAAUAUAAGUAUUAGCCGGCUCAAUUUCAAUCUUAUCUUCAAGCUAUUUUCCUAUAUUUAGAAAUAUGAAGUUUGGCUAUUGUUGGAUUUAUAGUUUAAAUGUUACCAUCUGAGCUGAAUUAUGUUGUGGAAUAAAAUGGGAUGGAAAACUG